AUGGGAGACAUGUUACCCUCCCAUGCAGAUACUGUUCUCAACGGGAUGUUAACCCCGACCGACAUUGGUAUCAAUGUCCUGUCCUUAGUGCCUGCUCCAUCCUAUUUGUCCGAUACCGCCAUGACCACCACACCAACAGAGAUGGACCUGGAUGCGCAGGAGGCUCUCUUCUUCGGACACUUGGGGCCACUACGGAAAACCCCGCCCUCCACCUCCGGGGCUCUGGGAGACCCAGCCUCCCACAACGGGGGAGCCAAGAGGCAGCGCACGGAGACAGAUGCCAAAGGUCAGGGGAAGAGCCACAAAGGCAAAGGACGGGGCAAAGGAAAGGGGAAAGGAGGGCCACAGCUCGGACCCAAGAUGGAGCGAGGGAUGUACCCAGCAGCAGCGAUGUGGGCAUACAGCAGUGGUUCAAGAAGCGGACUGGACACGCCCUGGGGGAGGGAGGAUGCACUGUCCGAGUACAAAGACUCCGAAGCCCCCCAGGACUGGCUCGAGGGCAAGGUCUACAAGCUUACCCAGCUUGUUCUACGCCAAGAACAGACACUUGCAUCUCUCCGCCAGGACAUGGUGAUGCAUCUGUUCAUGAAGAACGGAGAAUCCGGCAUGAUCCCGAUUCUAUGCGAGACAGAGGAAGCACCGUCCAAGCUGAGUUACUCCCUCAAGAUUGCUCUCUUCAAGCAGCUGCUGAUCACGAUGCACGAGCGGUUGGAAGCAGCGAGCCAGAAAGAGGAGGCGCUGACACAUGCCAAAUCGCUUGGAUGGGUCGACUCAGAGGGUCACUGGUUGACCCUGCGCUGGAAUCCAGGCCAACAGGCUCUGGAGGUCGAUUCCACGGUCAGAGGGGUCCCCACCAAGGAUCUGCUGACCCAGCUAGUGCAGAUGAGGCGGGGCUCUACAGAGGAGACGAUCCUACGAUUCCAGUCAAGGCCGAAUGGAUACAGUUUCAACUGGUGGUUUCCCUUCGACCGGACGCAGCGCCGGUGUGGUCGACAUUGCAGAGCUGGAUCGGGAGCGCAGCGUGGCAUGUGCUGGGGUGUCGUCUUCGACGCGGAGAUUUGGAGCUAUCAAUGUACAGACCACUCGCCAUGCUACAUCCACCCAGGCUCCAUCAGCAGGGAUUCCAAGGUUCUUGGGAGGCCAGAUGCAGAACUGACGACGUUAUUCAUGUCACCGACAGAGGCACCACCCUUGCCCCGGUUCAUUUGGGAAGAAGGGGUCAUGCGACGAGACCACAGGUCGUUGCUGGGCUACCAAUGUCUUGUGCAUAUGCCGAUUUUUGAUUCGCCACAUGAGCAUACGGCACACCUUGCACCAUACCAGGUUGUUGCGAUGCAGCUGCAUUACGGUGCUCGACCCACGUCGGGCCACUACAGAACGGCCAUGCUCGGUCAGCCGAAGUUUGGGACAGAAAAAGUGUGGCUUUCAGAUGAUGAGAGUGUGCCACAGCCGAUACUGCGAGAGCACGACAGUGCCAUCUACCUGAUCUGGCUCAUGCAGGCCCCGGCGAACGGUGCAAAUGUGACAUCUGAGGAGUGA